GAGCGCAUGGCCUACAAAAGUCCAAGCCUUAUCUGUCCAAGCGAUCACGACAUUGCAAUUAAAGUAAAACGCUGCAGACAUCAUUAUCUUCUCAGUCGCAGACAACGCCACAAUGCGCUUCCAUACAUGUGUCCUUCUUUUGGCUUUAGUUGGCAUCGGUGCCGGGAUCAACGUGCUUCUGCUGAAGCCUUAUGACGUCACGGCGGCUCACAUGUACGACAGCUCGGACAGCAACCACGACGGCAUCUUCACCUUGGAGGAGUUCGCAGCGGAGUUCAAGGUCUACGACAUCAACCAUGACGGCGCCGUCACGCGCCACGAGUACACCGCGUACGUCUGCUUCCUGUCUCCCACGCUGUACCAGAUCUCUCACUACAUGUACGACGAGUACGACAUAGCACCGGCCGACCACCAUCUCAAGCAGGCGGACUACAGCGCUUUCUACCACAAACUGGACGCAGACCACGACGGAACAGUGCAAAGGUCGGAGUGGAUAUCUUGGUGGUCCCAGAAAUUUGCCUCUCUGGAAACCGCAAAUGCGCAUACGCACGGCCAGGCGGACAGUAUCCAUGGCAACCACCACUGUCACUGAGUCACCAUGGUUACCGACACAGCAAUAUGCACGCCGGAAGUACAUGGCUCGUUUUUCUGUAUUAUGAGAAUGGCAUUUAAAUAAAUGAAUGUUGCUCUA